ACAUUAUUCCCUCGCAUAGCUAUUCCGCUCCCUAUUUAGUAGGGAUUCCUUUCUCCCGUUCUCACAUCAUUCUCUCUCCGAUCGGACGAAAUCUCAACCCGUUGGGUUUCUCUGCAAUCUCUCUAUCGAAGAGCUAUUACGAUCGUCCCCUAAACAGCCUCUCUGAAGGAAAAUGAAGGUGAUAGAGAAGAUCAAAGCUGCAUCAGAUGAAGGGAAAGCCAUCUUCUCCUUCGAGUUCCUGACACCGAGGCCCAAGGAAGACCUCGAUAAGCUCUUCUCGAUGAUGGGACGGAUGGUGAACCACGGUCCGUUAUUCUGCGAUCUCACGUGGCGGGCCGGCGGGCGUGAGGCCGACCUCACCCUUGAAGUCGCCAACAGGAUGCAGAAUGAGGUCGGGAUAGAGACGCUCCUGCAUCUGGCUUGCACCGGCAUGACGGUGGAGAUGAUUGAUCACGCCCUCGACACCGCCCGAGCCAACGGCAUCCACAACAUCCUGGCCCUCAAGGGUGAUCCUGUCAAGGGGCUCGCACCAGUGGAAGGAGAAUUCACGUCUGCUCUUGAACUGGUGAAGCAUAUUAGAGCUAGGCAUGGCGAUUAUUUCGGAAUCGUCGUUGCUGGUUAUCCAGAUGGACAUCCGUCAAUCUUUGCUGAAGGCAGCGACGCCCCCACGGAAGAAGCCUACCAAAAUGAUCUAGUCUAUUUGAAAGAGAAGGUUGAUGCUGGAGCCGAUGUGAUCAUCACACAGCUGUUUUUCGAUGUUGAUUCAUUCCUCAAGUUCGUCGACGACUGCCGUAAGAUCGGAAUAACCUGCCCGAUCAUACCUGGCCUCCUCGCAGUCUCCACCUACAGGAACUUUAGCUACAUGACUAGGAUGUGCAAGCCCAAGAUCCCAAAAGAGAUGAAAGAUGGUUUUGAGCUUGUCAAAGACAAUGAGGAGGCUUUGAUGGAAUAUGGGAUAAAGAUAGGGACUGAAAUGUGUAAGAAGAUCAUGGCCCAUGGGAUCAAGACAUUGCACUUUUACACCAUAAAUAGAGAGAAAGCGGCAUUGGCCAUCUUGAAAAAUCUUGGGUUAGUGAGCGAAUUAGAAGGCGGAGAUCGAAAUGGCGUUGCCUAAAAGAUUGAAGGAAAUAAGCAUUACAAGAACCAAUGGGUUUUUUUU